ACAUCAGCCAAGCCUGUCGGCUGAUGAACGCUGGACACAAAACCAGAACCCCCUCCUCUCUCCAGUGGUUCUGCUCAGGUUGUCCAAGGCGGGCUGAGCCGACACAUCCACCCGUUACCGACCUCUGUCACCGGGGCAGAAAGAAAACAACCAGGAAACAAGCCUGAACCAUCAUGUCAGCCAAAGCCAUCUCAGAACAGACAGGAAAGGAGUUCCUCUACAGGCACAUUUGCACUUCGGCGCCGGUCCAGAACAAGUUUCGCUACGCCAACGUGACGGCUGAGACCGACUUUGACCGACUGGCUCAGGAGCACCCAUGGCUGCUCACGGAGAGGCUGGUGGUGAAGCCGGACCAGCUGAUCAAGAGGAGAGGGAAGCUGGGUCUGGUUGGAGUCAACCUGGACCUGAACGGGGUCAAAGAGUGGCUGAAGCAGCGCCUCAUGAGAGACACCAUGGUGGGAAAAGCCAAAGGAAUUCUCAAGAACUUCCUGAUCGAGCCGUUUGUCCCUCAUAAGCAGGUGGAGGAGUUCUACCUGUGCGUGUACGCAGCUCGAGAGGGGGACUACGUGCUGUUUCACCACGAGGGUGGUGUGGAUGUCGGAGAUGUGGAUGCCAAGGCGCAGAAACUACUGAUUAGAGUGGAUGAAAAGAUCAGUGAAGAGCAGGUGAAAAAGGAACUGCUGGCCAAGGCUCCCGCUGACAAGAAAGGAGUUCUCGCCGGCUUCAUCGUUGGACUCUUCAACCUGUACGAGGACCUUUUCUUCACAUACCUGGAGAUCAACCCUCUGGUGGUCACUAAAGAUGGAGUGUAUGUGCUGGACAUGGCUGCAAAGAUCGACGCCACUGCUGAUUACAUCUGUAAAUCCAAGUGGGGUGACGUGGAGUUUCCUCCCCCCUUUGGCAGAGAAGCCUAUCCUGAGGAGGCCUACAUUGCUGACCUCGAUGCAAAGAGCGGUGCCAGCCUCAAACUGACUCUGCUGAAUCCUAGAGGCAGAAUCUGGACCAUGGUGGCAGGAGGAGGUGCUUCAGUCGUGUACAGUGACACGAUCUGUGAUCUGGGCGGGGUCAACGAGCUGGCGAAUUAUGGGGAGUAUUCAGGAGCGCCGAGCGAGCAGCAGACCUACGACUACGCCAAAACCAUCCUGUCUCUGAUGACUAGAGAGAAGCAUCCAGACGGAAAGGUUUUGAUCAUUGGAGGAAGCAUAGCAAACUUCACAAAUGUUGCUGCAACAUUUAAGGGGAUCGUUCGAGCCAUCAGAGACUAUCAGGGGCCUCUGAAGGAGCACCAGGUCUCCAUUUUUGUGCGCCGCGGCGGCCCAAACUACCAGGAAGGUCUCAGGGUAAUGGGGGAAGUUGGAAAAACCACCGGGAUCCCCAUUCACGUCUUCGGCACAGAAACCCACAUGACUGCCAUCGUUGGCAUGGCUCUGGGUCACAGGCCGAUCCCCCACCAGCCUCCUGUUGCAGCUCAUACGGCCAACUUCCUCCUCAACUCCAGCAGCAGCUCCUCGACACCAACAUCAAGGAGAAAAUCUCCUUCUUCUGGAGGCCAAGCUGGAGCCGAGGGCUCACCCAUGAAGCAAGUUAAAUCUGGAGCUCCUGUUGCGAAGGCAACAACUCUCUUUAAGAAACACACCAAGUCCCUGGUUUGGGGGAUGCAGACUCGGGCAGUCCAGGGGAUGUUGGACUUUGACUAUGUCUGCUCCAGAGAGGAGCCGUCGGUUUCAGCAAUGAUCUACCCGUUUACUGGAGACCACAAGCAGAAGUUCUAUUGGGGACAUAAAGAGAUCCUCAUCCCUGUGUUUAAAAACAUGAGUGACGCCAUGAAGAAGCAUCCCGACGUGGACGUCCUUAUCAACUUUGCCUCUUUGCGCUCAGCCUUCGACAGCACCAUGGAGACCAUGCAGUACCCACAGAUUCACACCAUCGCCAUCAUCGCUGAGGGAAUCCCCGAAGCACACACCAGGAAGAUCAUUAAAGCAGCAGAUGAGAAGGGCGUCACCAUCAUUGGUCCAGCUACCGUCGGAGGAAUAAAGCCCGGCUGUUUUAAGAUCGGCAACACCGGAGGGAUGCUGGACAACAUCCUGGCCUCCAAGCUCUACCGCCCAGGCAGUGUGGCCUACGUGUCCCGUUCAGGCGGCAUGUCCAACGAACUCAACAACAUCAUCUCUCGCACCACAGAUGGUGUGUUUGAAGGCGUGGCCAUUGGUGGAGACAGGUAUCCCGGCUCUGUGUUCACCGACCACGUUCUACGCUACCAAGACACUCCUGGGGUGAAGAUGAUCGUUGUCCUUGGAGAGAUUGGGGGCACAGAGGAAUACAAGAUUUGCCAGGCGAUUAAACAGGGUAGGGUCACAAAACCUGUGGUGUGUUGGUGUAUCGGCACCUGUGCCACCAUGUUCACCUCGGAGGUCCAGUUUGGACAUGCAGGAGCUUGUGCCAACCAGGCUUCUGAGACGGCAGUAGCCAAGAACAAGGCUCUGAAAGAGGCUGGCGCCUUUGUCCCCAGAAGCUUUGAUGAGCUGGGAGAGAUCAUCAAAUCUGUGUUUGAUGACCUUGUUGCCAAAGGAGUCAUUCAGCCUGCUGAAGAGGCUCCUCCUCCCACGGUUCCUAUGGAUUACUCCUGGGCUCGAGAGCUUGGUCUGAUCCGUAAACCAGCCUCCUUCAUGACCAGCAUCUGUGACGAGAGAGGCCAGGAGCUGCUCUAUGCUGGGAUGCCCAUCACUGAGGUCUUCAAGGCAGACAUAGGCCUGGGAGGAACUCUGGGGCUGCUUUGGUUCCAGAGGAGGUUGCCGAAGUACGCCUGCCAGUUCAUUGAGAUGUGUUUAAUGGUGACGGCAGAUCACGGUCCUGCUGUUUCUGGGGCUCACAACACUAUUGUUUGUGCCAGAGCUGGAAAAGAUCUGAUCUCCAGCCUCACCUCUGGGCUUCUCACCAUUGGUGACCGCUUCGGAGGGGCUUUGGAUGCUGCAGCAAAGCAGUUCAGCCACGCGUUUGACAGCGGCAUGCUGCCCAUGGAGUUUGUCAACAAGAUGAAGAAGGAAGGGAAGCUGAUUAUGGGAAUUGGACACAGAGUUAAGUCGAUUAACAAUCCCGACAUGAGGGUUCAGAUCCUGAAGGACUUUGUGAAGCAGAACUUUCCCUCCUCUCAGCUGCUGGACUACGCUUUAGACGUGGAAAAAAUCACCACCUCUAAAAAACCAAACCUGAUCCUGAAUGUGGACGGUCUCAUCGGUGUGGCCUUCGUGGACCUGCUCAGAACCUGUGGUGGAUUCACACGGGAUGAAGCUGAUGAGUUUGUAGAAAUCGGGGCUCUGAACGGUAUCUUUGUUUUGGGACGCAGCAUGGGGUUCAUCGGACACUACCUGGACCAGAAGAGGCUGAAGCAGGGUCUGUACCGCCACCCCUGGGAUGACAUCUCCUAUGUGCUUCCGGAGCACAUGUCCAUGUAAUCACCAGUCAACACUGUAAUCUGACACUUUAGUGAUAAUAUAAAGGGAAGGUGUUACGACUGCUGCAGCUGUAGGAGUGUAUUUUCAGUUCAUUUUUGUGGAAACUAUCUAAACGUGCUCAUCUGUGAAGCUUCAGUUUGUUCGGGUGUUUGAUGAAACUGCUGAUCAGUUUGCCUCAGACGUGUUUAUCAAGCACGAGUCUUUAUUACAGACUCACGACAUGAUCAUGUAGCGCAAUAAUACGGAUUUAUCCAGAACAUUCUCUGCAGCAAAGCCUGAGGUUGUAUGUAUUUGUCUGUAAUGUUUUCAGAGCUGAAAUGUCCGUCUGCGUUCGGUGCCAAACGUGAAGCUUUUGUGAUCACUGCUGUUUUCUUCUGCAGGUGAUUUAGAUGUCUGUGAUAAAUGACUUUCCUUUGUGCAGAUUUAACCACAAGCGCAACAUUCUGAGUAGUUUUUAUGUUUCAUUUUAAUUUUUAACCUCUGUUAUGUUUGAGUCUUUAAAAGGAUUUCUUAUCUGAUUCAGAAUGUUUUUCUUCAUCUGAGACGUUUAUUAUUAUUAGUCAUUUGCACGUAAUUUAUUGAGGUAAAUGUUGUGUAUG